CCUGAGUUCAACCUUUAUUCUUGUAAACUACUUAACAUUCAGCUGAAAGUCACAGAUCUCUAAGUAAGAUGGUUUGAGAAGUGCUGAUCUUGUUUAGCAGUGCCCUUGUGAUAUCUAUUAUUACUCCUGAAUGCGGCAACUUCUGGAACUUGGAAUGCUUCCCACAGCAAAGGAGGGAAAGCAGAGACUGAACAGCAGUGAGGAAGAAGAAAAAGAAAAAGAAAAAAAAACCCAGGAGAAUGAGUUGGCUGGAAACAAGAGAAGAACCUUCCAUCAGAGAGAUGAGGGCCCACUAUGUUGAAUGCUGCUGUGAGACUGGUAUAACUAGUAUCACCUCCACAAGACAUGAAGGUACAGGCAGUGCUGUCUAUCAUCCUCAUUCUUGUACCAUCUCUAAGCGGAUUUCACGGCCACGAUGGCAGCAUGGCAGGUAAGGAAUUGCGGGCAGAGCUGGAGCAGCGUCUCGGUGCCCUGGCCAUCCAUACGGAGGUUGUGGAGCACCCGGAGGUGUUUACAGUUGAAGAAAUGAUGCCUCAUGUCCAGCAUUUGAAAGGAGCACACAGUACAUUCCUUUUAGCGUCCCCUAAUCUUAUAACUGCUGAUGAAGAGCAAAUAGUCAUUGGGAGACUUGGUGAAGAUAUAAUUCUUCCUUGCUCAUUUGAAAGUGAGCCUGAAGUUGUAAUUCACUGGAAAAAUCAAGAUAGCUAUGUUCACUCAUACUACAAAGGCAGUGACCAUUUGGAAGCACAAGAUCACAGAUACACGAACAGGACAUCCCUCUUCCAUGGAGAAAUGCACAAAGGGAAUGCCUCUUUAUCUUUAAGAAGAUUAAGCCUUAUGGAUGAAGGAAUUUAUUUAUGCUAUGUGGGAACAACAUCUAGAACAUUCAUAAACAAAGUGGUACUAAAGGUGGGAGCUUUCAUCACACCUAUGAUGAAAUAUGAAAAGAGGAACACAGAGAGCUUCUUAAUAUGCUGUGUGUCAAGUUAUCCUCAUCCACAUAUCUCAUGGAAAAUGGAGAACACAACCAUCUCUGAAAGCAAUAAGGGAGAAAUUGAAACUUUGGAUCCUCUUCAUGUUGACAGUAUGAUAAAUAUUACAGGAUCAAAUUUAUCUUAUGAAUGUGGUAUUGAAAACUCAUUACUGAACCAAACAUGGAUAGGGAGAUGGACAUUGAAAGAUGACCUUCAUAAAAAGCAAAGUGAAGAUUUUUCACUUUCAUGUGAACUUACAAACAGUAUUUUUUUACUGGAUCAAGACUUCAUAGUCACUUGGUCCAAAGUGGAAAGAGAGACCUCCUCUAUCCUGGCCUACUUUCUGAGCUCCUCACAAAAUACAAUCAUCAAUGAACCCCGAGUCUCCUGGAACAAAGAGCUAAUAAACCAGAGUGACUUUUUCUUGACUCUGAAGGAUCUUAGAGUUUCAGACAGUGGGGAAUACUUAUGCAAUAUUUCUUCAAGCAAAUACACUUUACUGACCACCCAAACACUGCAUGUAGUAGAACAGAGGCAAAGCAGAACCACCUGGAUAAUUAUUCUGUCUUUUGUUAUCCUGGCAAUUUGCAUAUUCUAUAUGUUAAAAAGAUACAAACAUUCCAGGAGAGAAAGGUCUUCUGUCUAUACUGAGAGGGCCAACACUGCUGAUGCAGAAGAAAGCAAGGCUUUUACAGAACACCCAGCCAGUAGUGGAAAGUAAGACAGAACUGUAUCAACCCAUGAUGAGACCCUUAAUAUCCAGUGACUUCGCUUCCCCUUUUUUCACUGCAAUUCCAGCGGUGGCUUGUCAUGGCCUAAUAAUUCUACCUUUGGAAAGAUUUGCAAUCAUUGAGUUUCCCACUACCAUAUUUCCUCUUCAAGUCCCAACUAUUACUCACUGACUCCAUACCUACAUCAAGAUUAUGAAUGCCUGGAUGCCAGUUCCAACUAGAAAAGAACUGUUUUCAUUCAGUGGCACUCCUGCUGCAGUCAGUCCAGGAGGCCACACUGAGGUUCCCACCAAGAUCUUGGAAGAAAUGUAUCACUAAGCACUGAUUCAAAAUCUGAUCAACUAAUGAUGGGUGAGAGAGCACACGGAAGCAGAAAUCACCUUAGUGAAAAGGUGAAAAAUCAGGGCACUUGAUAUGCUAAGGUAUUGUACUCAUUUUACAUGAAUAGUUAAUAUCAGCUUAACCAACUAGAUUUAAUAUGGUGAGUCUUAGGGACCCCAAAGUUUAAAAAUGUCAGUAUCUCCAAGAUUGCCUACAGCAAAGGGCCCUAUCAACUCAAGAACUGACAUCUCUUGGGGGUUGGGCUAUGCCUUCCAACACCAGGUUUACAUAGAUGAGUGACAUUAGCUAUGAAGAUAAUUUGACUCACUAUUCUAACUCAGUUGUCAUGUUGUUAAUCAGCUUUAUGAUUAAUUUAGAUUUCCACAUAAAUUUUUACACACAGGGAGAAUGGAUAACCCAGCUCACUUGAUGAUCUCUUCCCUUUAUUUUAAUCAAUUUUUAAGAAAGAAAAAGUCUAACCAGCAUUUUAGUGACUUGAGUUUUGACCCUAUAGUUUAUAGAAAGAAACCAACCCGGAAUUGUGCGUAAUGCUACCUGGCCUGGUUUUCUCUAAGUACUGACAUCACUAUAAAGAAAAACUUUAACUGUGGGGAGAAAAUGGUCACAAUUGCUAUACUCUUCUUACAAAAUGGAAAGAAUAAAGUCAACAAAUUGAGGAUGGCAGACAAGAAUGAACCUGGGUCCUUCAAUGCUGUUGAGCCCCUGAAUUAAUCUCAGAGCCACUUGUAUUAGUCAGGGUUGGGGUCAGAGAGGCAGAAUGCCGAGAACGACAGAGAAUGAAGACUUGUUCUAUGGAAUCAAUCUCAUAUAAUCCUGGGCACCUGUGAAGAAGACUCCAUCAAGCUGUCCCUUCUGCCUCUGGGGCUGGGCCUGAAGUACGUGGAAACCGGCUAUGCCAGUAGUCGAAAGGGAGCACUAGAUAUGGAGUGAGGAUGAAAAAUGAACAAUUCCUCCUUCACUUCUCCCUCUCAGAUCUAGUUACAAUUUCUCUUGUGACCAACUCUAACCCAGAACCACGCGGAGAAAGGAAAUCCAGGAAAUGAACCUCCUGCUUAGCCACACCGGCACCAUAGAAAGCCGGCAUUCCCACCUAUCGCUCAGCUGUCCUGCGUGAGAAGUUGCUUCCGGGUUGAAAAGCUGCACCAGCGGCUGCCGAGGUAUACCUAGGCCCUACCUAGGUGUAGACUGGGAGGGUUUAACCUACAAAUUCUAAGUGCCUGUGACUAUAUGUACAUCACAGUGCUAAAAGGAAAGUUUAUCAACUCCUGCCAUUGGUGGCUAAAAACACAGGGUCAUGGAUGAAUCAAGAAAAAUUUGUUAACUUUAGUAAUUAAAAUUUACCAACAUACCCUAGGCCUCGUGGCCCAUGUCUUCUGUAAAUAUUACUCAUUAAGAGGCAAUAUGGACAAAAGAAUCGGUUUCAUUUUUUAACGUCAGAAUGAAAAUGAUUUUUAUAUUAAUCUUUUAUGUAAAAUGUUUACUUGUAUUUGAGGAUCUGAAAAAUCCCCAUUAAACUUGGAAGCAAAGAUACUCUCUUACAUUUCCUAAUCACCUUGUUUAAACUGCUUUCCACACCACAUAAACGUUUUAAAUGCUUGUUUCAAAGGCACCUGAAGUUUUCAAACAUUAAAUGGUACCAUCCUUGGA